AUGGUACUCCCACGCAAGUUGGUCGGUCAGUGUUGUUUACUGCUGCAGAAGAAGCAAACAGCGGCAAGCUAUAUGGCAAAUGCAGGGAAAGUAGGAAGCGAGGAGAAGUGGGCGCAGGCCGCUAUGGAGUAUUUGCACGAAAAGCGUCACUGCAAUGAUAGCCGUAAACGGCAGCACGAUGUGGAUAAUGAGCGACGCAUGGCGUUUGCCUUUGAUCGUUACUGCUCUGUAAAUGAGAAAAUUUUCACAGAGCGACUUUCCCGCUUAUCGGACCGCAUGACUGAGGCGCUAGAGACAAUAAAGCAACUGGGCAUGGACCAUGCACUUGAAGAGGCAUUGAUGUUGUCGUCGGAGCAGCCCCCUUUGAACUUUCGCCGUCCAACCCUCACACCACCAGUUGCUGGAUAUGAGCCUGGAUUUGGACUUGACGUCCCUCAACUCCGCUCGAGGCAAGCGGAGUAUCCACCGGUAGGGAGACCAACCGAUGCCAUGGAGUUUGGGGAAGAAAAGGAUCCGUCGUUUCCCCUCGUUGAGUCGUUCCGUGUAGAGGACCUCACUACGCAGUGCUUAAAUGAAUUAGAGGAAAGGCAUGGUGAGAUACGGGAGGCAGCACCAACAACAGGUGUGGAAGGUGAGGCAUGGGAAGCAUAUGUGGCGUUGCAAAAGAAAGCGUUAGCGCGGCAACAGCUUAUAUUUGAACUUUGCAACGAUGGGGAAUUGCGGGAACGGUAUGAUUCGGACGUUGCGUUCCGGCAGCGGGUGUGGGAGGAGAGAGGCAUGCUCCCGCUUGAGAUUGAGCGGGAACGGCUGCAUGAGGAGCCACGGCACUAUGCCCAGGAGCCGGCCUAUCACCCCUUUAGGAAGAUGUAG